AUGAAGCUGUGUUUCACCUACAACAGGAAAAAUUUUUUGAUACUGUUAAUUGUUGCAAUUAUUCUUUUAGUUAUAUCACUAUUUCUGUUUAUUAUUUUUCCAAUAAUUUUCUCAACUCUUGUCGAAAAGAAUCUCGUUUUAUCGGUUGGUAAUGGAGAAUAUCCUUCACAGGCAGCCUUCUUUUGGUCUAAACCACCAGCUGAUACAAUUCUCUAUUUUUACUAUUUUAAUGUUACUAAUCCGGAUGAGAUAUUAUAUUAUGGCGAAAAACCUGUGGUUAAUGAAGUUGGCCCGUACGCAGUAAGGGAAACCGAGCAGAAACGUGAAAUACGUUACCAAAAAAACGGUGAAGAAGUUUAUUAUGAAAAUUAUAAAAGAUUUAUUUUUGAUGCAGAGCAUUCCUGCGAACGAUGCCAAUCAGAUGACUUAAUUGUUGUUCCAAACGCUUUAGCAAUGGGUGCCAUAAGCAGUAUGAUAGAUCCGGCGUAUAGCUGCGACGAUACGUGCAAAUUGAUAAUUGACCUCGGUUUAUUGCUGCUUGGAGAAAAUGCAUUCAGCACGGUGAAAUUCCUGGAAGUAACGUAUACUGGCUACAAUGAUCCGUUUCUAACGUUUGCGCAUUCUGAGUUAUUCACAGCACUGGGUAAUUUGUUUAACAACGGCACGUCUAUAGCACCCAUCAGUAUUCCAGAAAUGGAACGUAUGGCUUACUUUUAUCAAUACAAUAACUCAAAUGAUGAAAAUUAUGUUGUGAAAACUGGCAAAGACGAUAUCAACAAUCUUGGAACUGUGGUACAAUGGGCAAACGAUGGUCUUUUACCGAACACUUGGUGGAAGACCAUUGAGGCUCGGAUGAUAAACGGAUCAGAAGCUGGUGGUUUUAGUGGUCCAAACCUGAAGAAAGACACUAUUAUUCCAUUUUUCCAAUCAUUUAUGUGCCGAUCGUUUUAUGCUGUAUUCAAAGAGGAAUCGACAGUAAAUGGCAUUCCGUGUUAUACGUUUGAAGUCCCGGCAGAAGCUUAUGACACAACCAGAGAUGAAAACGCUGGUUUUCGCUACAGAAAUAUGGAAAAAGUUAACUAUUUUACGGAAUGGGAUCCGUGUCCAAAUUUCCAAAUGUUUUUUAGCAAGACAAUUCCUAAACCAGGUUCAGUUAACUGUACCGAAUUUAUUGACUGUUCAAAGCAAAAGAAUUUUUGUGAUCCGUGCUGUACCGGUAAUUUUGUUGAUGAAACGUAUUUGCUACCACCCGGAAUGUUCCCUCUAGUAUGUUACCCAGGCAGAAACAAGAGUGCUCCGUUUACGGCAAUCUAUUCUGCUCCACAUUACUACUUCGCGCCUGAAGUUACUGUCAACACGCUUCGGGGGAUGUCGCCACCAACCGAAGACCAUAAACCAUUUGCGUUUGACCAUGAACCGAAUUCUGGUACGAUCACUCGAGUAAAAUAUGCUUUGAUGGCAUCAGUUCCAAUAUUUCAAAACCAGGAAGCAACCAUUUCGAUGCACCUUCCUAACGUGAUAAUACCUCUCUUUUGGAUUGAUUCUCGAACACAACUCCAGGAUUUUAUGCUUGAUACUCUUUAUAAUACUUUUGUUGUAAUCCCGAAAGCGAUUAGCAUUACAAAAUACGUCACUCUAGUUGUCGCCAUAAUCUGUUUUGCAAUCUCAUUCUGGUGCCGUUUUGAAAAGACAGCUAAAGAAUCUCGUAAAAAUUCGGCAAAGGGACCAGCGAGUAGACGACAUUGUAGCCCUGAUACGUCUGUCAAUAUGGAACAAGGUAUUGCGGCAGGAGAAAACUUAACAACAGCUUCUGCAGUCGAGUCUCCCACUGAACAGAUUAUAACCGAGGAGCAGUAA